UCCCGGGCCCCCACGGCCCCGUUGCCCGCCCCGGCCGCCUCCUCCUCCACCUCAUCUCCGCUGUGAAUUUUUUCCGGCUCGCACCGAAUAUUCAGGUGCCCAACCGCGGUUAAAACUUAAAACCCACCCGCCGCACCAUAUUAUCCGUUCUCGUUAGACCCGUAAGAUAUUUUGGAAUCCUGGCUGUGCACGAGACGAUUUCCGUGCGGUAACCGAUAUUCCGAUACCAGCAGCGAAGUCAAAUCCGCGCAUAAAAUUUUAUGGGCGGAUCACCCGCUGCCGCCCAGGACGCGAGCGACGACUCCCGGGUGGUGGUGGUUGAGGCGGGAUCCCCCGUCGAGUCCGCCUCCGAUCCCGCCCCUCCUCCGCCGCCUCCCCCUGCUGCAGCAUCACCGGCGGCGGAGGACAAGCCGGAGUUGUCGGCGGCGGCUCCGGCCGAGGCGGCGCCGGUGGAGCCUAAGCAGGAGGCGACGGCUCCGGCUGAAGCGGCGCCGGUGGACGCUAAGCAGGCGGCGGCGGUAGCAGCAGCAGCAAGGGUGCAGGCCAUGGCGGUCACCGUGGCGCGGGACGUUGAGACGGGCAUGGACGCGAGCACCAGCGACCGGGGUGGCGGCGGCGCCGGGGAGAAGCCAUCCUGGUUCACACCUAAGAGAUUGCUUGUCAUGUUCUGCAUCAUAAACAUGCUAAAUUAUGUUGAUCGAGGAACAAUAGCAAGUAAUGGUGUCAAUGGUAGCCGCAAAACUUGUUCUGGUGGCACAUGCACCUCAGGCUCUGGAAUUCAGGGGGACUUCAAUCUUAAUAAUUUUGAAGAUGGUGUGUUGUCCUCAGCAUUUAUGGUUGGAUUGUUGGUGGCUUCACCAAUAUUUGCAUCCCUGGCUAAAAUACACAAUCCUUUCAGGCUUAUUGGUGUCGGAUUGUUAGUAUGGACUAUCGCAACAGCUGGUUGUGGGUGUUCAUUUGAUUUCUGGUCAAUUACUAUAUGCCGCAUGUUAGUUGGUGUUGGUGAAGCUUCAUUUAUAAGCCUCGCAGCUCCAUUCAUUGAUGACAAUGCACCGGCAGCUCAGAAAACAGCAUGGCUUGCUAUGUUCUACAUGUGUAUACCAACUGGGAUAGCAUUAGGCUAUGUUUACGGUGGGCUGGUUGGAAAUAAUCUGCACUGGCGUGCUGCUUUCUGGGGAGAGUCAAUUUUGAUGGUUCCUUUUGUUAUUCUAGGCUUUGUAAUAAAGCCACUAGAGCUCAAAGGAUUUGCUCAGACCACAAGAAAAGAGUAUGGCCCGAUGCUUAAUCUUGAGGUUCAAGAUGAGACAAAUAAUAAUGGGAUAAAGCAUGUUAUGCCUGGUGGAACUGAGGACCUUGCAAAAAAGCUUCCACAGAAGUUUUCCUUCUCCAGUUUUGGCAAGAGAGUGAUGACUGAAAUUGGUCACUUCGGCAAAGAUAUGAAAGAACUGCUACAAGAGAAGGUCUAUGUCAUCAAUGUCUUAGGCUACAUCUCCUACAACUUUGUCAUUGGUGCUUAUUCCUACUGGGGCCCAAAGGCAGGCCAAGACAUCUACAAUAUGGCAAGCGCGGAUCUAAUGUUUGGGGGAAUAACUAUAGUGUGUGGAAUCUUUGGAACUCUAGCAGGAGGUUUCAUCCUUGACAAGAUAGACUCUACAAUAUCUAAUGCUUUCAAGCUUCUUUCUGGCGCAACAUUUCUAGGGGCGAUAUUCUGUUUUGGCGCAUUUUGUUUCAAGAGCCUUUAUGGAUUCAUACCCUUCUUUUCAGUUGGGGAACUUUUGGUUUUUGCAACUCAGGCACCAGUAAAUUUUGUAUGCCUUCAUUGUGUGAAGCCAAGUUUGCGGCCAUUAUCAAUGGCCAUGUCCACUGUUUCAAUCCAUAUAUUUGGUGACGUGCCUUCUUCACCUCUUGUUGGACUUCUUCAGGACAAAAUCAAUAACUGGAGGGUGACGGCUCUUACAUUGACUUCUAUCCUAUUCAUUGCAGCUGUAUUUUGGUUUGUUGGCAUAUUUGUCCAUAGUGUUGAUCGUUUCAACGAACAGAGCGAGCAUGGUCUUCCUGAUGCCGAUAGAUCAAAUCUCAGGCCACUGCUUGAUGAAAACGAUGAGACACGGGCAUCCGAAUGAUCAGUAAAAGUUUCGAGUGCGAUUUUUUUUUUCUUGGAGGAUAAUCUUAGCCAGAUUAUUUCCCUUGUGCCAGCAUGUGAAAUGUAAAUUUACAUAUAGAAGGUACGUUGCUUUGCAAUAUUUUUUUUUAUUUUUGUGUACAGACUACAGAAACAGGCAAGAGAAUGCCAGAAUUUCUUUUACUAGUUUAAAACAUUUCACAUGCGAAGCAAA